UUGCAUCCUCGUCCACUGCGCUCAGGAUAUCAGCGGGGGAGAAUUAAAAGAUGGAAAAAUGCAUAAUCGUAGACAGAGCAGCUAAGAGCAUACGGUGGGACUGUAUCUGAGCGCGAUGCACAGCCUCUGUGGGAUAGACGAUGGUUACACUGUGCGCUGUCUCGGAUCCAAGACGACAGCGGGACCGGAGCGAUGUCUCAUAGUCUGAGACAACAAGGCUCAGUGACGGAAAUAUGAGAUGGACGCAGACAGAAACGGAGCUGGCGGAAGAUGAGAUUUUCCAAUGAGCCCUUCUUAUAUGAAACCUCUCCUCCAGUUUUUAUGCUUCCCACGGUCGGAUGUCGCUUCCUGUGCAACACUUUCUCCAGCCUUGCGGACCACGGACACGGACGCAAAUCCCUUUUGCAAAGAACCGAUACGUUGCAGUGGUGUUAAUAGGCUAAAUUGAAACGCCUGGGCUGCGUGCAUAAUCAUUGAUUAUUUAUUACGUGGCAUUUGCAGAAGAUGAGAUGUUAAAGUGCGGGUUCAUGCAAUGUAUUCGCCGGUUUCUUGUUCAUCUUUUACUUGGUGCAUAUCAUAGCUGAAGCAAAUCCCACAGCAUUGCUGUGCUUUGAAAUUUGCUGUUUUUUAAGUUGAUUUGGAUACAUACUAAUGCAAGUCUAUCCUCCCUGACAAUUAACCUGGAAUGACAUUUGUCUACAUCAGCUGCUUUGUUUUCAGAGACUUGCUAUGACAUUCUGGCAAGUCCGCAUAAAUCCAAGCGCAAGUUGAUAAAGUAAACUGGCUGGCCGCUGUAGUGGGAUCAGACAGAAAUUAAGCUGCAGCUCUCAGACAGCGAAAUCUGGGGUCAUAUCCACUCCUUGUUGGCAGAGCAUCACAGCAUGACACCGAGCAUUCAUCUUGGCUCUUUAGUUUGAAAGUUCUCUAAGAAACUGGAACACAGUUUAAAUAUAUUCACUCUGAUACAUCUGUUAAAGUCUUAACACAUUUAAAACCCAUAUAGGUAAUUCAUGUGAAUAUUUCUAUGUCCUGUAGAAAUCUUAAAUUCUGUCAGUACCAAAAGUCAUGAAAUCUGAUUUGACAUUCCUUCAGGAUUUCAUGAAUUUGUUAAAAUAUGAGAGAAAUGCAGCCGAAGCUUUUAACUGUAAACCUUCAUAGCAGCUGCUAGUUAGACUGGGUGUCUGAAAGAGGAGACUUGGAUAUUUGCAUACUUGCAGUUUUGCCAAAACCCCUCCCAUGUAAUGCAAUGCAUUAAUAUUCCCCACGGCCGUGUUGUAAAGUAACUGUGGAUAUCUUUUGUGAGACUUUCUUCCAACCACAUCUGCACCACCAUUAAUGGUUAUAAGCGGUCUUUUGGACGCCUGAUUUUGAUGUGAUGUCAAGACUGAUUUAGAAGUGCACAUUUGGGGUUGUGUAAUUCUGAAUCACAGCAAACAUAGCCAUGGACUCAAGGCUUCCUGUUUUUGCCUGUUUUCUAAGCAUGUGCAAAAGAAAGAAGAGUCAAGCAUGAGACCUCACAGGCUGGCGAAAUGUGACAGAAGGAGCGUGCAAGGAAUUAUGAGUGGCAUUGUGGAAGACUUGGUUCAGAGUAUUACAAGAUUAGAGUGUACAAGAGAAUUAAUUAGAGGCCUCUGAUUUAGAAAAACAGCGUUUUCUCUUAUCUGUAUCUAAGUGCUCCAUUGGAGACUGUGCUGCAUGCAGCAAAUGACUGUUUAAGUGAAGAACUCCCAUGCAUUAUGGGGUAUGCAGAGUGGUCGGGAUAUAAGUCUACAUGCACCAUUACCAGCACCCUUUGAGCACUUUUGAUUCCCUGUCCUGUGUGUUGGUUUGUUUGUACCCAAAGGAGAAAAUUCUUAUCUUGGACUUUCUCGGUGCCCCUCACUUGCAACAACACAGUCCAUUAUCAUCUUUUGUGUUUUAGGGGAAAAAAAGCAAACGGAUCCCCUUAACAGAAAGCACUCAGAGACUAAUUUCUGAUCUUAGUUGUGAUGGGGAGCUCGGCCUCGUCUUUAGCUGCAGAGACUGAGUCGGACCAUGGCUUUAGCAACACCUCCUAUCCCUCUUCACCCCCCGUGGGCUGGCUCAGGAACAGUCACAGCAGUCCUGUGUGGGGUACCACCUUCAUCACAAGACAGCAGCAGCACCCACUGCCUCAUCGAGAGCGCAGCCAUUCUCACUCUCCUGGUUCCAUGGCAGCAGCAGUGCGAGGCAGCGAGUGGUCAUGUGGACGCUGUACCUUCUUGAAUGCUGGUGCAGCACCUCGCUGUUCCAUCUGUGAGGCGCCACGCCAGAAACCUGAUCUUAACCAGAUCCUACGGUUGAGCAGCACUGAAGAGCAUCGCUGGGCCUGUCCCCGGUGUACACUCAACAAUCCCCAGGGAUCGGGAGCCUGCUCUGUCUGUGGUUUUGGUCCCUCUCCCGCCACCCACACCCCCCCUACCACCACGUUAGCUGCUACAGCCAAUGGCUUCCAGGCUGCUCCAAAUGAACCCAAAACACCUACCAUCACCACCACAGUUUUACUUGAGCACCAUGGACAGCAUCCAACUAAGGAGGAAGUUCUACGCACAUCUGAGAGUAACGGAGAGGUGGUUCUCCUGGAAGGGGACCACUCAGGCUGGGCUUGUCCACGUUGCACGCUGCAUAACACCCCGGUAGCACUCUCAUGCUCAGCCUGUGGUGGACCCAGAAAAUUAUCUUUGCCUAAGAUCCCCCCAGAAGCAUUAGUUGUGCCUGAGGUGCGUACGCCUGUGCUAGGGUUUCCUGUUCACACAGCUGGAUCAGCACCGCUACUCAUUGACCUGACAGAUGACUCUCCCCCAGCCCCUCCCUGUGACCCUCAAGAAUCUCCCCAAGUGUCUUCACAGGCUGUCACUUCUCCUUUCACUUCCCUCGUCUCCUCCCUCCAAAACAAUUCUGUUCCUCCUCGCAGGAGAGAGGUGCCCCCCCCAGGACGCCCAGGGACUAACACUCCCAGUCCUACGUCGCCUUCAUCGGCCACUGUUCCACCCCAGCCAGGACCACAGCGGUCAGCCAAGACCCAACACGCCCAACCCCAGGAACCUUCAUUCCCCAACAAGCGCCUCAGUAUCUUGGAAGAAGAAGAUUCUCAGCACCAUCCUCAUCUCGCUCCCUCAGUCGCACCUACCUGGAAGUGCCCUAGCUGUUCAUUGCCCAAUCCAAGCAACUCAUCUAAGUGUGAAGCCUGUCGAUCAUCACGAGCUGGUGCCGAUCUCAUAGACCUGGUAGGCUGUGAGACGGUACGAUUUACCCCAGCCAGCCCCUCGAGUCCGGACUUUAGCACCUGGGCCUGUUCCAAGUGCACCCUACGUAAUCCUACUGGUGCACCUAAGUGCUCAGCUUGUGGUUCCUCCAAGCUGCAUGGCUUUCAGGAGCAGCAGCCAUCCGUGCCCCGCUGCUGUCCACAUUGUGGCCUCCCAUCAGGGCCCGGCACUACAUCGUGUUCCUGUACACCUUCCUCCUUUUCAUCCUCCUCAGGUCAUAAAGCCAGGAAACAGGCUCGAGUUUUUCCAUCUUCUUCUGCUGCUGCUUCCUCUGGUUCCUCUUCUUCAUCCACCUCCUCUAGCCUUCAGGAGAAAGUUGUACAAUGGAGCUGUCCAGCAUGUACACUUCUCAAUGACACCAAGGCCAAGAACUGUGCAGCAUGCCACACACCCCAGCAAUACCUCACUCUUCGGAAGGUGAUUAAGCCCCUUAGGAGGAGGGAAAGCAUGCAUGUAGAGGCCCGUCGGCGAAACGAUGAAGGAGAAGCCAAGGAGCUUUGGGAGAACAUAGUCACCUUCUGCAGAGAGAACUCUGUGAACUUUGUGGAUGACAGUUUCCCCCCGGGAUCUCGCUCUGUGGGUUUCCCCGAGGGUGACAGCGUCCAGCAGCGAAUCAAAAAGUGGCUGCGCCCACACGAGAUCAACUGCAGUAACUUUAAAGACCGAGGCGUCAAAUGGUCCGUCUUCCGCACGCCAAGGCCGUCUGACAUCCUUCAAGGACUCCUUGGAAACUGCUGGUUCCUGAGUGCGCUGGCUGUGUUGGCCGAGCGCCCAGAGCUGGUGGAGAGGGUGAUGAUCACCAGGACCAUUUGCCACGAAGGGGCCUACCAGGUGCGGUUGUGUAAAGAUGGGACGUGGACGACGGUACUGGUGGAUGACAUGCUGCCCUGCGAUGACUAUGGGUACCUCCUCUUUUCCCAGGCUCAGAGGAAGCAGCUGUGGGUGGCGCUGAUUGAGAAGGCUUUGGCCAAACUCCAUGGUUCCUACUUUGCCCUGCAGGCAGGGCGAGCUAUCGAGGGCCUGGCCACACUGACUGGGGCUCCCUGUGACUCCCUCAUGCUCCAAGUCAGCUCCACCAACCCUCGGGAGGAGCCCAUCGAUACAGACCUCAUCUGGGCCAAGAUGCUGAGCUCCAAGGAGGCUGGGUUUCUAAUGGGCGCGUCCUGCGGGGGAGGCAACAUGAAGGUGGACGAUGCUGUUUAUGAGUCUUUGGGUCUCAGGCCUCGACAUGCUUAUUCCAUCUUGGAUGUUCGAGACGUGCAAGGUUACAGGUUGUUGCGGCUGCGUAAUCCUUGGGGCCGCUUCUCCUGGAAUGGCAGCUGGUCGGAUGAGUGGGCAGACUGGCCGCAGCACCUCCGCCAUGAGCUGAUGGCUCACGGGAGCAGCGAGGGGGUCUUCUGGAUGGAGUACACAGACUUUAUAAAGUACUUUGACUCAGUAGACAUCUGUAAGAUCCACUCAGACUGGCAGGAGGUGAGGCUACAAGGCUGCUUCCCCAGUAAAGCCAAUGGGCCGGUCACCGUCACAGCCCUCACCGUGCUGGAGAGGACGGCCCUGGAGUUCGCUCUCUUCCAGGAGGGAAGCAGGCGCUCAGACACAGCCGACAGCCACCUGCUGGACCUCUGCAUCAUGGUCUUCCGCGCCUCCUUCGGUAACGGCAACAAGCUGACUCUGGGCCGCCUGCUCGCCCACAGCAAGCGAGCUGUGAAGAAAUUUGUUGGUUGUGAUGUCAUGCUGGAGCCAGGGGAGUAUGCUGUUGUCUGCUGCGCCUUCAACCAUUGGCAGAUGAAUGUCAGCGGAACGGGAUGCCCACCCCCACCCAUAGUCUCAAGCCCCACCAGCGGAGUGGCACGGCGGCCCAGCCAGGACUUCCCCGGCUACAUUCUGGCCAUCUACAGCUCCCGACAGGUAAUGGUGGAGCAAGUUGAAGCGACUGCCACCACGCUGGCCGAUGCCAUCAUUCUCCUGACUGAAAACAAAGGCGAAAGACACGAGGGCCGAGAGGGCAUGACAUGCUACUACCUGACCCACGGCUGGGCAGGGCUCAUCGUGGUGGUGGAGAACCGCCACCCUAAGUACUACCUCCAUGUCUCCUGUGACUGCACUGACAGCUUCAAUGUGGUGUCCACUCGUGGAAGCCUGAAGACCAUCGACAGUGUACCGCCUUUACACAGGCAGGUGCUGGUGGUGCUCUCUCAGCUGGAGGGAAACGCCGGCUUCUCAAUCACCCAUCGUCUCGCGCACCGCAAGGCGGCCCAGGCCUCCCUGGGCGACUGGACUCCAACCAAGGCCACCCACAGUCCCCAGCUCACCCCAGACAUCGACGGCCUGCACCGGCCCAGGCCGCUAUGACCCACGCCCACUUCACCCCUCCCACACUGACUCUACUCCAACCAACUGUCAGACCACUGGAAAAUCAGGCAAGGAAAGAAAAAGUGGUGCAUGGAGCUCUGAAACAAAGAGGAAGAUGUCGUUUAUGUGUCGCUUUGGUCGUGCACACGAAUGUGAGGCCCAAAUGCACAGCAUUUUUCUGCUCUUCUUCUAAUGCUCCGUAGAUGCAGCAGUUUGUCAUGACUCGCUCUGCCCCCUGCCAAGUGGAUGUGCCAUGUCAGGAUGAGAUGAGGAAAAUGGGCAACACGAAAUGAACAAAAUUAUGGUUUACCCGGUUACCUAAGAGGAUCCACUCCCACUUUCCAUUUUAGACGUUUUUGGUUGCUGGCAGUUUGCGCUGUAUGUGAAACAAAUCUCAGUUGUCAGUGUCAUACGUUUAGAGGCAGCCCUGCUUUCAGUCAGCGUCAAAAAACACACAAAAAAAAGGUGGAGUGCUGAAACUACUGAGCCAUCUGUCAGUCCAGAGCCUAUGAGCCAUUCACCUGAUCACAUGCUUUCCCUGCACGUCGUCCACAAAGACAGCCCAUAAAGCAGGACACUUGUUGGGGAGUUUCUCUCACCAGACCUCAGUAAGGUACUUAAAGAGCCAAACUCAGCUGAUUUUAUUCACCAGAAUUCUUUCUUUUUUUUUCUUUCCAUGUCAUAUUUAGCCUUAUUUGUUUUACGCACAACCCACACUUGUGUUUCUUGAGGUUGUAGACAAAGCCAUCAUUCAUAAAGUGCUGUCUGUCCCAUCCUUCUGUCAUCACCGCCGUGCUGUCUUGUUCACUCUCUAGCUCAGGACCAAACCUAUGUUUCGUACAGUGAGAUCCAUGUCAGUGCUGUAGCAAGUGUAUGGUACCCAGAUAGCUGGAUUUAGCAUUUUUCUCUGUUUUUCCUUGUCAUCUUUGCUGUGGGCGGUGCUAAGCACUGCCUUGUUUUUUCUGUCUUGUAGAAAGAUGUAUGAUUUGGAGGUUUUUAUCUCUGCAGAGGAAAAGCAGCAAUUGUACAAAUAUUUUUUAUCAAACUGAUUUUAAGUCAUUUUCACUCAGCUUUGGUUUUGGGUCUACAUGCUGGAGGAGAGUCAUGGCAUGGCUAGAAAUCCAGAAAACCCCUCAGGCAACCUAGCUUUUAUUACUUACUUCAGAAGCCAGCAUACGUCUUUACGUUUUCUUUUUUCCAGCUUCGUCACACUCUAUGACAUUCUGUUAGUGUUCAUUCCUCACACGUACUUUCCCAGUAUGACAGUUUAAGCUUUAGUGUACACAGGGAGAGCUACAGGAACUCUAUUUGCCACAGAGGGUUCGUAAAAGAAACUGCCUGGUUUACUUCAGGAGGUCAGGGACUACUUUUGUUUGCUUGGGGGCAGCACAAACGCCUCGGCCGUCCAACCACAGGAACAUAACGCAACACGGGAAAAGACGCAGUCCUCAAGAAACAAAAACAAAUCAUUAUUUUGUCAGCUUAGUGCACAUAUAAAAAGAGAGAUAAGAGACCCCUGAGACCUGCAGCCACACAGCUGAUAGUUCUCUUCAAGAGUCAUCCGUGUUUAUUCUGAGUUGCUUGAGUUGUUUUACGUCGGGCACAGUUAAGGAGGCCAACACAUUCUCAUUUCUCCGGUAUCAAAGCCAUUACUUCUGAUGUUUCAGCUCUCACUGUGUAAUGGAAAUGGUUCAUCAGAGAGAAACUCGCAAGAUUAAUGAGGUACUAAAGUAAAAGGAUAGUGUGUUUUUCUUUGUUAAUUAUAAGUUUGUGUCUUACAGAAUUUAGUUUUUUCAAAUCUGAUAAUAAAAAUCCUUUAAACAUUCAUACAGGUAACAUUUAUGCAGUGUAAAUGGUUUCAAAUCUAAACCCUGAAGGAGAUGAUUUACUUCAGGUGACACUGAGGCAGCAAAUAUUUUUAAAAAUGCAUCAUUUUGUUUGUGUUGUGAGCACUGUUUCCCCCAAUGCUUGCAGUCUUCUGCACAGCCACAUCAUCCGGCGGUGGCAGGCUGUAUUUCAUCUUACCUUAAGAACUAUUUCUAGGCUGUUGCAAGCAUUGGAGCCUUUCUUUAAUGAAACUUGAUGCUGAAGUGACUGUAAAUAUGUUUUUCCAAAGAAAUCUCCCAUGUAAUGACCACUUUUAUGUGUCUGUUGUGUGAGUGAGCGAGCGAGCGAGCGAGUGUGAGUUUGGUCACGGCCGUGCGGCUGUGAAUUUAUUGUCUAAUUUAUUUGUACAAGUGAUUUGCAAGGCUGUUUUCUAAUGAAAACUGUUGAAUAACUGAGCUCAUGAACGGAUAAAGGAAUGUGAUGCGGUGUGGCUUUAGUCUGAGCCCAGGGGUGUUUGCUUGACGAGAAAUGAAUCCUGCACUGAAACACCUGCAAAGACGAGGCACCUCAAAGUUAAGUGUCACUGUUGAAUCACUUUAAAUUUAUACGAGAUUCCUUUUUGUUUUGUGCUGUGUUUUUCUUUCUUUGGUCAUAGAUGUAAUUGUUGCAUUGUUUGGCUCCUCUUGUGUUGCAUUGCCACCGGCUGCUGUGUGCGUUCAGGGCGCCCCCUGCUGCUGAGAAGGUGGUAGUGAGAGAAGAGGUGGUGGAGAUGCCUGGUCUCUCUUCCCCUGUGUCCAUUUCCCUCUUUGUAAAUUGUACACACUGCAAACUUACCUGGAAAAGAAAACAUUUAAAAAAUAUAGAUAGGAAGAAAAAAAAUCAGCCAAUCCUUUUAAACUUGUAAAGAAAUAUAAGUAUGAUAGAUGACAAAAAAAAAUUAAACUAAUGCUAAAAAUGAAACUGAGGAAUGUGUUAUAUAUUUUAUUGAACUUUUUUGGGGGGGUGGGGCUGAGAAUGAGAGCCUGUAAAAAUAUGUAUGUUUAAUUUUCAAUCUCAGGUUCCAUUGGACCAAAUAAAUUUUUAUUAAAUUAAA